AUGGCUGACAAUAUCAACGGUGAACAAAACCAAGCUCAACCUCAACAAAACCAUAAUGAAGAAAUGUUUUCAAUCUUAAAAACAGGUUUUCAAGCCAUUAAAACUGAAGUUUUGCCAAAAAUGGGAAUAAUGACUAAUGGAGGAACAGAUACCAACGAGGCAGCUUAUGAUGAAACUUAUGCUGUUGGUGAAGGAACUGUUGCAGGAGGACUUGCUGUUGAAGACGAUGAAGCUUGCUGUGGAGAUACUAUCAACAUUGUUGAUUUAAAUCCAAUGGAUUUUAAACUCAUAAACGUUGUUUCUCAACAAAAAAAAUUGUAUUCAGUUGCUUCAUUAAGCCACUAA